UCAAAAAGGACAAGACAGCCCUUUAUGUUUUUUUGGGUACAAUUCAGCCCCUCAGGUUUUUUUAUUGAACAAAAAACCCCUUCCGUCCAAUUUCCUCCGUUUAAAUGCUGACAUGGCCGUUAAUCUGAUAACCUAAACAUCUAACGGUAACUUUCUGAUGACAUGGCAAAUCAUUUAAUUCCCUGUCAGCAUUAUCGUUGGAGUAAUAAAUGAAAAUCCUUCCUCCCUCAUUUUAAAAUCCCUAAUUCUAUUUCCAAACAUAAAAUCCCUAAUUUCCAAACAUAAAAAUCCCCAAUUCCCCUCUUCUCUGUCAUCUUCUUCUACUUUUUUCAUAAAUGGAAGCAUCUAAUUCGUCAUCAUCAGUUUAUAGCAGACGAGAAGAUCUCUCAGGCAACCGUGACACUAGACUCCAUGCUCCUGUUUGUAAUUGCUGCAUGAUAGCAAAAGUAUACACCUCAUGGAAAGAGACGAAUCCAGGAAGAAGGUUUUUUGGUUGCCCUAAUUACCAUGUUGGAGGAGGUUGUGGUUUCUUUAGGUGGAUUGAUCCAGAGAUAGGGCAAAGGUUGAAGUUGUUACUAAAUGAAUUGCAUAAUGAAAGAGUAAUGCUGAAAAGGGAAAACAGAAGGUUGCUUAUGGAUAUGGAAUUUGGCACAAAUGAUGGUUUAAGGAGACCAAUGUAUGAGAAGAAGAUUGUAGAAGAAGAACUGAAAAUCAGUAAUAGGAAGAAACAAAUGUACAAGUUAGGUUUAAUGCUAUCAUGGAUUGUAAUUGGCUUUGUGAUUUCAAUUGCCUUAGUUUGA